AUGGUCAUCUCGGCGACGGUGAUCCUGCUCAACUUCAACGUCACCUUGGGCUCGUCCCUCCCCAGCGGCGCCGCGUCGACCCUGAACGAGCACUUUGGCGUCACGGAGAAGCUUCAAAAGCCGUUGCCCGUGGCCGUCUUCCUCGUUGGAUACAUUUUCGGACCCAUCAUCUUUGCCCCCAUGUCUGAGUCCUGGGGCCGCCGACCAGCCUUUCUAAUUUCCUUUUCCGUGUACACGGCCUUUACGCUGGGAUGUGCCCUGGCGCCAAACUGGCCCGCGUUCCUCUUCUUCCGCUUCAUGCUGGGAUGCGGCGCGGCAGCGCCCCAGACCGUCUCCGGGGGGCUGUUUUGCGACAUCUACCCCGACCUCGGGCCGCGCGGGCUGGCGGUGACGCUGCUUGGCCUGACGAGCAACGUAGGGCCCCUGGUCGGGCCCAUCAUCUCGGGCUUCACCUCGACCAGGGCCUGGCAGUGGCAGUUUUGGUGUGCUCUCAUCCUCGCCGGCGUGAACUGGCCCCUGCUGCUGGCCAUGCCCGAGACCUUUCCUCCCGUCCUCAAGGCGGGCAUCACCAGAGCCAGAGCCAGAGCCGGAGCCGCGCCUGUCGGUGGUGGUGGCGGCAAGAAGGCGCCUCUCGACCUGGCAAGGAGGGCCAGGAUCCUCACGCGGCCGAUCCGUCUCCUGUCCGAGCCGCUCGUCUUCUUCACCGACCUCUUCAUCCUCUACCAGUACGUCAUCUUCUUCCUCUACUUCGGGGCCUACCCCGUCAUCUUCCGCGGGACCUACGCCAUGCCGGAUGGCGUAUCCGCUCUCAUGUUCAUCCCCACGGGCAUCGGCGCGGUCCUGGCCAUCGCCGUCUUCGUGGCCUGGGACCGGUUUCACAAGCGAAGCGUGGAAAGGGGCAGGCCGUGGGCCCUGCGGGAAGAGUACCGACGGCUCCCCCUCGCGUGCAUCGGCGGUCCCCUCUUCGCCCUCUCCGAGUUCUGGCUGGGAUGGACGGCUCGGCCGGGCAUCCCGUGGGCCGUGCCGGCCCUGUCCGGCGUCCCUUUGGGAAUCGGCAUCGACCUGACCUUCAUGGCCCUCAACAACUACCUGACCGACGUCUACGGCAUCUACAGCGCGUCGGCCCUGGCCUCGAGCGUCUUUACGCGAAACGUCCUGGCCGCCGUCAUCAUCCCCCUGACGACGUAUCCGCUGUACGAGAACCUCGGAACCAGCUGGGCCUGCACCCUGCUGGGCGGGCUGUGCGUGCUCCUGACGCCCAUUUCGUUUGCGUUUAUCCGCUGGGGCCCUGUUCUGAGGAUGCGCAGCCCCUUUUGCCGGAAGCUGGCGCGCGAGGGCGGCGCCAACCAUGGCGGCGGCGACUUGGUGGCGCCAUGUUGA